AUGCUUCCUCGCUCGAUACCAUUGAGGGGCCUGGCUCGGCCCCCCUGCGCUCUUGUGCGCAGACCGGUUACGCCUCGGUUGACUCCCUCGGUUACUCUCCCCAGCAGGAGAGUCCAUCAUCUCCUCCGAUCCGUCUCCUCGACCUCCUUUCCCUCUCGCUCGCUGAGCACGACUGCCUUCCCGCGGGCCCAGCACGAGAAUGCUGCGCCAAUUCCUCCCUCUGAAGAUCGGCCGCCGCAGACAUUGACGGAAAAGAUCGUGCAGCGCUAUGCCGUCGGUCUUCCCGAAGGCAAAUACGUCCGCAGCGGUGACUACAUCAGUCUGGCCCCCCAGUACUGCAUGACGCACGACAACUCGUGGCCCGUCGCUCUCAAGUUCAUGUCCAUGGGCGCCACGCAGGUUCACAACCCCAAGCAGAUCGUCAUGACCCUGGACCACGACGUCCAGAACACCAGCCCCUCGAACCUCCAGAAAUACCAGCAGAUCGAGAACUUCGCCAAGCAGCACGGUAUUGACUUUUAUCCUGCCGGACGGGGUAUUGGACACCAGGUUAUGGUGGAAGAGCUGUACGCCUGGCCGGGUAGCAUGGCGGUGGCCUCGGACAGCCACAGCAACCACUACGGUGGCAUUGGGUGUCUAGGAACUGCCGUUGUGCGCACGGACGCGGCCAGUAUCUGGGCUACGUCGCGCACGUGGUGGCAGAUUCCCCCGGUUGCCAAGGUCACAUUCACCGGAAAGCUGCCGGAGGGUGUGACGGGUAAAGACGUGAUUGUCGCGCUGUGCGGGCUGUUCAACAGCGACGUUCUCAACCAUGCCAUUGAGUUCACCGGUUCCCCGGAGACCAUGGCCAGUCUCCCGGUGGAUAGCCGACUGACCAUCGCCAACAUGACGACGGAGUGGGGUGCGCUCACCGGUCUGUUCCCUAUCGACGAGACCCUCAAGCGCUGGCUGCGAUACAAGGCCACGGAGGCCGCGAUCCUCGAGGACCGCAACACUCGCGACCGCAUCACGCACGAGAAGGUGGAGGAGCUGUUCGCCAACCCCCUCACGGCGGAUCCCGAUGCUCAGUACGCCAAGCAGCUCUACCUCAACCUGUCCACGCUCUCGCCUCACGUUUCCGGGCCCAACUCCGUCAAGGUCGCCACCCCGCUAAACGAGCUAGUCCAGCAGAACAUCAAGAUCAACCGUGCCUAUGUCGUGUCUUGCACCAACUCGCGUGCCUCCGAUAUCGCGGCAGCCGCUAAGGUCUUCAAGGACGCCGCCAAGUUGAACCCCGGUGCGGCCCCCAAGAUCGCCGACGGCGUCAAAUUCUACAUCGCGGCCGCUUCCGCCCCCGAGCAGGAGGCUGCCGAACACGCCGGCGACUGGCAAGCUCUGCUGGACGCCGGUGCGCAGCCGCUCCCCGCCGGAUGCGGACCCUGCAUCGGUCUCGGCACCGGAUUGCUGGAACCCGGCGAGGUCGGCAUCAGUGCCAGUAACCGUAACUUCAAGGGACGCAUGGGCUCGCGCGACGCGCUCGCCUACCUGGCCAGUCCCGAGGUCGUGGCGGCCAGCGCUCUCAGCGGCAUCAUCGACGGCCCCGGCGCCUACAAGGUGCCGGAGGACUGGACCGGCGUGGACCACGGGUUCGGCACCGGCAUGCCUGCCACGACGGAGAACGAGCUCAGCAACUUCAUCGAACAGAUGGAUUCCCUGAUCGAGCGCGUCGAGUCGGCGGGCGGAGACACCAAGAAGUCCGCCACCGAGAUCCUCCCGGGUUUCCCGGAGAAGGUCAGCGGCGAGAUUGUCUUCUGCGAUGCCGACAACCUUGACACCGACAGCAUCUACCCGGGUAAGCUGACGUACCAGGACAACGUGUCGAAAGAGGACAUGGCGCAGGCGUGCAUGAUGAACUACGACCCCACCUUCAAAGACACGACCAAGCCCAGCGACAUUCUUGUGGCCGGGUUCAACUUCGGCUGCGGAUCGUCACGAGAGCAAGCCGCGACGGCCAUUCUGGCCAAGCAGAUCCCGCUGGUCGUGUCGGGCAGUUUCGGCAACAUCUUCGCGCGAAACAGUAUCAACAACGCGCUGAUGGGACUGGAGGUGCCGCGUCUGGUGGAGCGUCUGCGCGCGCAGUUCGCUCAGCCGGAGGACGCCUCUAAGCGUCAGCUCACCCGUCGCACGGGCUGGACGUUGACGUGGGACGUCAAGCGCAGCGUUGUCGAGGUGAAGGAGGGCGAGAACGGCGAGAGCUGGACGGAGCAGGUCGGUGAGUUGCCAGCCAACGUGCAGGAGAUCAUCGCUGCGGGAGGUUUAGAGGCGUGGGUGAAGAACGAGGUCGCAAAGACGGCGUAG